UAUAAAUUCAAAUCAGAUAUAGGAUCAGAACGAUUAUUGGAAAUAACUACAGUAAUUAUUCAACAAAUACGACAAUUUGCUAAAACAAUCGAAAUCUACGAUACUUUGAAUCAUUCGGAGCAGGAGGAAUUAAUUACGAAAAGUUGGCUAGUAGUAAAAAUUCUACAAAUUAUCCAUGAAUUCGAUCCCACAGAACGUUGCUUAAUGUUAGCUAAUAAUACAACUUAUAUAGCCGCUAAAGGCAAUUAUUCGUCAUUAGAUAAUACGACGAAAAUUUUUGAAAAUUUAAUAAAUUUGGCUACAAGUUUUAAUUGUAUGCAAUUGGAUAAUCGACAAUUAGCCUUGCUAUCAGCUUUGCUAAUUUACAAUCCUGAAAAUGCAAAGGAAUGCAAGGAAAAAAUUAAUAAAGUACACAUGGAAUUAUGGAAAUGUUUGCAAAGCAUUAGCGAAAUACAUGAUGGCGAUUCCAUCGAUUUACUACACUGGCCAAAUCUUCUUGUUCGAAUACCGUAUCUGCUCCUUACCGUUUCCAAUAUGGAGGAUUUUUUUUAUGACGAAAAUAAUAUCAAUGCAAUAGCAAAUAUUCUUCUUUUUAAAUUUUCAUAA